AUGGAUUGGCUGAAUCAUUUGAAGAAGCCGCAGCUUUAUGCGGUGCUGGCGCAGGCGCUGCUGGGAGCGAGCACGGGGCAUGUGACUGUAGCGAGGGUGCCUAAAGACGGGUGGUUCUGUAGGGAGCAUGGCGUGUGGCAUGCGGCUGGGGAGGAUUGUGAGGGAAGGGAGGGGUUUGGAGGUGUUUCGGGUGGUGGAGGGGGUGGUUCGGGGAGUGGUGAGGGGUUGGGAGGUGUGGAGAGGGAGGGGGGAGAGGGAAGUGUUGGGAGGGGUGGGUUGGGUCCUCGGGCGAGAGAAGGGAUGGGGAACGGUGGGGAUGGGGUUGAGAGUGGUGGGGAGGACAGGCAAAACGGUCAGCUCUCCGGAUCAAGUGGGCAACAGAGAGAAGAUUCUUCAGGUGAAUCUCAGGUGAAUGGUCAGGUGGACACGCAGCAGCCGCUGCUGCAGCAGACUGGAAGGAACACUUGGCAUGAGCUGGAUGAGGCUGACGUGUGGCCACCUCAGCUGGAGAGCCAUGUCAGCUGGGCGUCUGCCAGCGUGGCUGCCGCUGACGUGGACACCCUUGCGAGUGUUGGGAGUGACAGCAGCAGUGAGACUGGCAGCACGCACGGCCGCGGCGGAGGGGAGAACCUCAGAAGCAUGGGUGGUGGAGGUGGGGCUAUGGGUGGCGUUGGGGGCGCUGAUACAUUUGCUGCUGCCGCUAGUAGGGCGGGGCUGGGUCUCCGUGUUGGACUUGUGGCAGCAGCAGGCGCAGGGGGAGUGGGGGGAGUGGGUGCAACAGGAGGGCCGGUGAUGCGAAGGACGCCGUCGAUUCGAGUGCAGAACCUGGUGUCGUGGGAAGAGACCCCCCAUGAAGGCCUGCCGGAGCACGGGGCUGGGGGUGCUGCAGUGAUGGGAGAUGGAGCAGCGGCAGCGGGUGGGGCAGGGGAAGAGGCGGUGGAAGGGGCUGGGGCAGCAGCAGCUGUGGGGGGAGGGGCAGGGACGGAGGCAGGAGCAGGUGGAGGAGGAGAGAACGGAGGAGGAGGCGGAGGGGGAGGGGGUGGGGUGAACCCAGAGGCUGCUGGAAGGAGGCAGAGGAUGGGAGGGUGGUGGGGAAGGGGAGCGCGAGUGAGUGAGAGAGGAGGAGGUACGGGUGCUGGUGCAGGUGCGGGGGAGGCAGGAACUGGAAUGGGGGAAGCCGGGCAGCAGCAGCAGCAGCAGCAGCAGCAGCAGCAGCAGCAGCAGCAGCCCCCACAACAGCAGCAAUACCAGCAGCAGCCGGAGCAGAGGGAGCGAGCAGGUGGCGGUGGGGAGGAGUGUGUGGAAGCGCGGAUGAACAUGGGCGCGCUGAGCCUGGCGUUUCAGAAGCACCUGGCGCUGCUGGUGCGGGCUGAGAGGACCCGCAGCAGCGAGGCCCUGCGCCUGCUCGUAUGCUCCGAGGCCGUGCCCUCCAUCCUGAGCUGGCUCACCAGCGCUGAGAGGGAGGAUCAGAUGCUGUUGAGGCAGCUGUUGAUGGCAGUGAGAGUGAUGGCCACUUCUUUUAUCAUGUGUACUGUCUUCAUGCUGCAACUCACUAACUCCCACCUUCCGCCCCCUUCCCUCCUUCAGCACAAGGGAGGAUCAGAUGCUGCUGCGGCAGCUGCUAAUGGCCGUGCGACUGGCGGCAAGUGA